GAUGACUGAAUAAAUGUGCACUGCAUGACCUUCAAUUCAAUUGGUUAGACCUAUAAAAUCUAAAACACAAACCAUAAAGAGUUGUUUUACAAGUAGCAGAUCCUGUCAAUCAUCAAACACAGCCCCUACAACUGGGGCAUGCCUGGCCAGGCAGAAGGAGAGACGUCCCUGCGUCAGCAUCCAACCAUUUCCACUCUGUUACAGAGUAACCCAUGAGGAAUGUCACUAUGGUAACAUGCCACAUUAUGACAAAAAAAACCCUGAGAAAUAUAAAGCAAGAAGAGGGACAUAAUACCUGACAGUCUCUACACUUCUGAAUAGUUUAACAUAAAUUAAAGGUAGAGGAUAACUAGUGCUGAAGCUCAGAUCAGUCAGACAUGAGUGCCAAUAGAAUACGCAAAAGACUCACAGGAAGUCAAAGGUUUAAAGAUACUUGGAUUGCGCCAUGAAAUGCUGACCCUCAUGAUGUCUCCAUGUCUGUAAGGAUCAUUUCAGUGCAUUUAAAUUUGAUGGGAUUCUAAUUUGAUGUAGCAUUAUAAGGGAUUUUCAGUGUAAAUCAAUUCUUCUGCGAAUGAAUUUAAAAUGGGGACUAGCAACUCCAGACCAAAAAUUUGCAAAGUCACACCAAAAGAGGAACAGCCUCUCUGUCAAGCAGUCUCACCGAGGAAGAUCACUGCUGCGCAACGUUUACCACAACACCAGCAGGGAAUUCUAGGACACCGGCAGAUCAGCCAGCUGCCACCGCUUAAGCAGCAUGUACCUCAAAUUAUUUCUUCACCACCAGACUCACGGAAUCUAUAUGCUAAACCAGUCCAAAGCAUUAUCAAGUCUCAUCCACCACAAAGAGCAAAGGCAUGGAAACCAAUAACAUGUCCAAUGGAGCUGUCAGCAGCAUCUAUGUCUUCUAACGAACAUGUUUCCAUGAGAAACAAAGGAGGGUUUCUGCAAGCCCAGACACUCCUGAUUGGUGAAAGAACCAAGAAGCGUCAGCAGCACAUUAGGGAACAGCAAAGAAUUUAUACUUCCACUGUUGGAGGAGCUGGUAAUUCGCGGAUAGAAAAAAUCAGAGUGGUGUCCAGGCCAACUCAGAGAGACAUCUUCUGGGAUGAGACAAAGGGACAGAAUCUAGACUUCAGGGAGCUUCUGCAGCCAAGUCCUCCACUGAUGCCAGAGCCAGACUCAGGAAUGGAAGAAAUGACAAGACGACUAAAAUCAGAAGUUGGACUGAAGGGUAAUUUGUCCAGGGACUUGAAUGAAAGUGUAACAAUAUCACCAGGGAGAAUAAGACAGCAGAAUUUACCUUGGCUUGAGGAUUUUCGAAAGAAUGAGCAAAACCGUUUAAACACUUGGGACAUACUGGAGAGCCAGUGGGGACACAAACUGUGGCAAGACACACACUGGGAAAGUCGUGAAAAAGAAAACGGGGAAAUGAAAUGGAAUACUUCUGGUCAGGUAAAUUCUAUUCACCGGUAAUGGAAAAAUUGGGACAAACCGACAUAGCUUAGCUAUCGAUGUGGAUAUCCUUGUCUAACCCCUUCGUUACUAUAUAUGGAGUCAAAAAAAUACACAAACUAAUCGUAAUGUAUCUUGUUAUAAAGUCCAAUAUAUACAUAUAUAUUUUAUUCUACAGCUUUCUAAAUGGCUUGUGUGUUUUCAUCGGUCACCUUGGACACUGAACAAAUGUUUAACAAAUGCAUUAUUUGCUAAUGUAAAUACAUUAAGCUAACUGAAUCAUGUGCUAAAGUCCAUUUGUGUUGUGAAAAAGUGACCAGUGUUUAAUGUUUAGCUCUCCUUAAUUUUAUUGCAAAUGAUUGAUCAUAUUUAAUCACUGAUUGUUCCAUAUAACAUAAUUGGAUGUAAAAACUAAAUACCGCAAACCAAUAAAAAUAUGUUCUAUGAUGAAAGGUUUUAAUCUAAAAAUAAACCUAAAUGUCAGCUGAUAUGUUGGGCAGGCAAAGCGCAGCUUCAUGGUGGAUUUCCUGUUCCCAAGCCUCCUGAAAACAAUGUGUUAGCUGCUGCUGAAUGGUUCCCAGCUGACAUAAUUAUCAUGAUAAAAUACACAUUCAUUUUGGUUGUAUUGUGGGCUUUAUCCAGUAGAAAUAUGAAUUUAACACCAAUUUAAAUGAGUUGCUAAUUACCAACCACAAUAAAUUCAGUUUGAUAGUGCUUAUUCGGUUUGAUACGAGAUAAAUUUGAUCUUAAAACUAAUUUUCCGUGUAAUAAAGUGCAUUGUAAAGUAAUAUAAUAUGAAUAUGUUCAUUUUCAUCCGAGUCAGCCAAUAUUCAUAAAGGAUGUACAACAAGACAAAACAGAUACUCAGGUACAAAUAAAAAAACAGUAAUAAUCAAGUAAAGCAGAUGGCAAAUUAAACAACUACACAUUGCAAUAAAAAAUCAAAUAAUUUAUUUAUACUUUUUAAACAAAGUCUGUUGUCCACAUGAAAUCAAAGAAAAUUUGCAAGAAAUGUUGUCAGAGGUGAGUGUGAAUGGAAGCUGAAUGUGAUGACGAAACAUGUGGACCAUACUGUAUUUCCCAACUCCAUGACUCAGUGAGGUGCAAGAAUCCUUUUUA